AUGUAUCUAAGCUCAGCCCCUGCAAAAAUCGCUUGCCUCUCUAUCUUUGCUCUGGUAGCGAUAGUCAUAUGGGUCCUGCGAUUUUCAUUCAAGGAUAACUUGAAAACCAAACGACCACCCGGUCCUCGUCCUCUCCCUUUUAUCGGUCAUCUUUUGUAUCUUGACAUCCACGCUCCUUGGUUAAUCUAUCAACGAUGGGGAAAAAUUUAUGGAGCACUCACCCACAUCAAUAUAUUCAGUUCCUCCCUUGUUGUCGUCAACAAGCUCCAAUCUUGCCAAGAACUGUUCAUCAAGCGUGGACAGGUUUAUUCCGACCGGCCCUCAAUGAAAAUGUUAGACCUCAUGGGAUGGACGUUCAACCUUGCCUUCAUCGGAUACCAUGACCGUCGGAGGCGCCAGUAUCGUGAGGAGAUGCGUCGCGGAGUAGGCCGAUCUGCCUUAAACAAUGCUCAACACAUCGUCAGUCAGCGACGCGAUCAACUUCUCCUCGACCUUAGCCAGACACCGGAUGCCUUCUUAGACCACCUUUUAUAUUAUACGGGUUCGGUAAUCUUGCAGCACACCUACGGAUUCACAGAUCAUGAAGGCCAUCGAUCUUUCAUUCGUGAUAUUGCAAUUCCUGCGAUUGAAGGACUAUCCGAGUCCUCGUUUUUCGACGCACAAGUUCUUUUCGCCUUUCCCUUUUUGGCCCGUCUACCUUCCUGGUUCCCUGGGACCGGGUUCAUGAAAGUCGCCACUAAACAAUUAUCGUUAGUGACCGAGUUGAGGGAAUUGCCCCUCAAAAUGAUUGAAAACCAAGAGCCCGAGAACUCACAGUCGUCGUGGGCUAUGAAUAUGCUUCAGGAGAGCGAGUCGAAUCGUGCUUCUCCCAACGCCCUCUCAAAAGAUAAUAUCAUGGAUAUCGCAGCAACAGCAGUCACAGGUGGCUUCCACACGACUACUUCGGUGCUUCAGACCGUAUUUUUAGCGUUGGUCAUGAACCCGACCGUUCAAGACAGGGCCCACGAGGAAAUCGAUCAUGUUAUCGGGCGUGGUCGUCUUCCCAGCUUUAACGACCGUGAGCUACUGCCUUACAUUACAGCGAUAUGUAAAGAGGCUGUCAGGUGGCAUACACCCGUACCAUUAGCCUUCCAUACCGCUUCUGAAACAGACGAGUACCAAGGGCAAAAGAUCCUCAAAGGAACUACUUUCAUCGCGAACAUAUGGGCGAUGGCGCGCGAUCAAGAUGACUUUGAGGACGCCGACAAAUUUUAUCCUGAACGUUUUCUGAACGACGAUGGUACCUUGGACGCUCAUAAUACCAGCGGGGAUGUCGUUUGGGGGUUUGGGAGACGAUCGUGCCCAGGUCGUCUAUUCGCAGAGUCUACCAUCUGGCUUACUGUUGCAUCUAUCCUUUCGGUAUACAAAAUUAGCAAGGCCAAAGCAUCAGAUGGAAAAGAUGUCAAUGUUAGGGAGGAGUACCUCAAUCGUGGGCUCUUUUCUCGACCUGCACCGUUUCAAUGUUCGAUUACGUUUCGUUCAGAGGAAACAGCGUCAUUGCUCAUGGACAAAUGA